AUGUCAAAGGCCGACAAACACAACCUGUGGCGCCUGUUCUACCCUUCAUCAUGCCGGUCGACCAAUCAGCACGAGCCGCAUGACGCCCCAUGGGGGCUAUGCUCUCUCAGUCGCCUGACGCUGGACAGACUUGUUUCUAGCAGUUCUUGCUCCAACACGGUACGACCUCAUCCCGCUGUCAUGUCGCGCACUCCAACUGACCGCCGGUCCGCGCUGUUUGAAAGUUCCAACAGAAAGAGGAAGGGUAAGAAUAAGCGGAAAGGCAUACGCCCUAGCCCAGAGGAGACUCCGUCGACGGGCCGCUACGAGGCUUCACCUUCAAAGAAGGACAUCUGGAGGGUUCUCUCUGCUCUCUCAGAGCAAGUAACCGAGUUGAAGAAGGGACAGGAGGAGAUGAAAGCGGAGAUGAAGAAGAGUCUGGAUGGCAUCCAGACCACGGUUGAUAGUCAGCCAACAUCACUGCCCCCAGCCCCUGCAACACCCAAGAAGGUGCCCCCAAUGCUAAGCCGGAAGGUCAGGGAGAUCCACAAUGGACUCGGUGAAAUGCAGUACAGAGGAAGUGAAUUGUUCAAGUCGGACCACAACAAGAAGGUCACGGAGAUGAUCCAGAGAGCUGUGAGGGAUGACCAAGACCCCAACAAGCCUUGGAAGAGGUCCCACAUUUCUCGGUCAUGCUCGAACUACCAUGAGACUGUUCGGCGAAGGGAGAGGAGGGCAGCAGCUGGGAAGGAUGAGGAGGAUGCCCUAGAGAGUAAAAGGAACAACAGACGAACAAGGUUAUUGGAGAGGAGACAGUUGGCGGGAAGGGGAGUGCUCACAGCGGAGGACCAGAGGCUUCUGGAUGACGCCAAACCGAGACUCAUGUCUGACGAGGAGUCAGAGAUAGACGACAAGGACACCUGGCUGGUUCGCAGCCCAACAUGGAGGAGCAAGAGGUUCAAUAAGAUCUUGCUCCUCUGUGACACAGAACUAGACAAGAAACCGGACAAAAACAACAAAAGGACCCGGCGUGUGCGCACUAACCAACCGUGCACAAGGUCGCCACCAGACGUGGAAAAGGUGUACCUGAAGACCGAUGAGGAUACUGAAGAGGUGCAAGAGCAAGGAACUGAAGUGGAGCACCAGGAAGAGACCGAGGGGACAGACAAGGACUUGGGGGGGAUCGAGAGUGAAAGGCAGGAAGAGAGUCAAAGUGAGGACAGUUCAGACACUGAAGCUCCUGCUACAGAUAGUGAAGAUGAGGAUAGUGGAGAUGAAGGCAGUGGUGAUGAAGGUAGCGGAGAGGAAGGUAGCGGAGAGGAAGGUAGCGGAGAUGAUGGUAGUGGGGCAGAGGGGUGUGAGGAAAGUAAGAAGUGUAAAAGGCAGAGGAAGAGAGGGACAGGUGAGGGAGAAGGUAGCCAGAGAGAGGUUGUGACUAAGAAAAAGAGGGUAGAGUAGGAGAUGUACUAGUACCUGACUUGACUACUUUGUUUUUUUCGGAUGUUUUUUUUUGUUGGAUUUUUUGUUUUGCUGUUUCUGU